UCGAUACUUUGAUACUACUUUUUUAUUUUUCUUCAUCAUUCCUCCUUCCCUUAUCCUACUGUUGGAAAGAUUGAUUGAUAAAAUGAAGUCGUUGGCAGUUUCGGUUGGUUUCCCCAGCCCAAGGACGCAGUACCAGCAAGCCAACACAUAUUAUCUGACACAAAAAAACCUCGAGAAAAAAGAUAAUGAUCUACAUUUAUUAGCAGUUGGAGCCAAACACAACGAUCUGAUUGCCUCACAUACAUUACCUGCUUCGUCAUUCCUCGAACACGCGACGCAGCUAGACGUGGUGGGAAGAAGAGAUGUAAUUAAGGGUGGAGCGUUUAUUGGGAUACUAGCUAGUAUUCUUGUGUCAUCGGAGUUUGCAGAGGCUUCUUGUGACUUUACUUCAUCUCCUUCUGGUCUUGCUUUCUGUGACCAAAUCGUUGGAACUGGUCCUCAGGCUUCUAAAGGCCAACUAAUCAAGGCUCAUUACACAGGAAAAUUAGAAAAUGGGAAGGUCUUCGAUAGCAGCUACAAUCGUGGAAAGCCUUUGACAUUUCGCGUUGGUGCCCAGGAAGUUAUCAAAGGUUGGGACGAAGGUAUCUUGGGAAGUGAAGGAGUCCCUCCUAUGCUUGCUGGGGGGAAAAGAACACUGAGAAUUCCUCCAGAGCUCGGAUACGGAAUGAGAGGAGCUGGUUGCAAAGGAGGUACAUGUAUUAUCCCUCCAAAUUCAGUGCUUCUUUUUGAAGUGGAGUUCUUGGGGAAAGUUUGAGAAUUGAGCAGUGAUGACGGCCUACAAUGUGGAAUUAUUUCGAAGUAGUUGUACAACUUUCCUUAUAAAAAAUACUAGUUACAAGCUUCAUCUAAAUAUAUAGAUAAAUAUGUUACGUGUUCUUAUAUUUCUUCGUAUGUUAUGCACUUAUGCCUGAUAAUGAGGAAAAGCUACUAUAUGCGAAAUCUAGAGAAAUAUGGAACUAGUAAAUUAUACUGUCA